AUGAAAGAGAUUUUUUCUUUAGACGAACAUCCUUCCCUUCAUCUUCAGCAAAUCGUUCAUGGUCGUCGCAGGAAGCGAGGACCGUUUCGACUCAAAUCUACCGUAAUCCUUAUCCUUAGAGGAUUAACUUCUGGGAUAACGUCCGCUUGCUCCUCAACACUACAGUACUCGGUUAAAAGGGAUACCGUAACCUCGCAGUAUCAUGUGAGGAACAUGGAAUGCAGCAGUGAGCCUGGUGUUCUGCAUGGACUGCAGGUUCUUGGUCGGAGAAGUUCAGCAUCGUCUUCGUCUCAUCAAUUCAAUAUGCUACCUCUUACAGUGUGGACAUUUCUUUGCACAUUAGUUCCGCUAACGAUGUCAUCGGAGUUUUCGUGUACGCAUGACGGGAAACCAUCAGAUGUUUGCGAUCGUGAAGACUACGAAACAAUUAGCGAUCGCGAUGCAGCUGGUUAUUUUAUUCACAAUUACGGAUAUCGAAGAAAUCUAGAAAAAUCAGUAUGCCUAAAUGAUGGCGAUUGUGUGGAUAUUGCGGACGGUGUGGUUUAUUAUAACGACAGGUACAAUUUCGCACGUGGAAUCCUAAUGGGACAACUUUUGAUCUCACGAGCAUAUUUGAAGCUGCCAAAAAAGCCUGAAAAUUACGAUUAUGAGAUAUUCGACACUUCUCGUUGGGCUAUAAAUAAAACGUCUUUGGACUUUUUCAGCUACACCACUACAAUGAUAGAGGAAAUGUUUGCAAGCGGAGCGGUUGAUAUUUCAAGAGAAGUAACAGCUCAGGUUUUAUCGAUUGGUAUAGGAGGUGGAUUUAUUAAUACAUAUCUUCACUACAACUAUCCUAAUAUGAACAUAACCGCUGUGGAUGUGGAACCAAAAACGUUGGAAAUUGCUCAGAAAUGGUUCGCGUUAGAAUUGGACCAAAGACAUCACGUUGUGAUUAUGGACGGUAUCAAAUUUAUUGAACAAGCUGUUAAUGAAGGUCAAAAAUACGACGCAAUUCACAUUGAUGCUUGUACAACUGAUCAAUCAGCAGAAUUGGCAUGUCCACUGGUUGCAUUUUUAAAACCAGAGGUUGUGAAAAAUUUAUCGAAAUUACUCACAAAGAAAGGUGUUGUCAUUAUGAACGUUAUUAGUUUACACGGAAAAAUUCAAGAAUCUGCUAAACGGGUGAGAACCAGUUUUCAAAAAUUCUUCAAAGUGUGCUCAAUAAAAUUAGCUCCAUAUAGCCAACUGAAUCUGGUGGCAACAUGUGGACAAUAUCCUAGACCGGAAUCCUUGAAGGAGAAAUACAUUGAAUUCGCAAAAUAUCCACCAGCAGCAUACUACAAGGAUGAGUUCCCUUAG